UUUUAGUGAUGCAUCAAAGCGAGCGUCUGCAGCGUUUGCAGAUUGAUGGAGGAAGAACGAUGUUUCUAACUUCAAAGACUAGAGUAGCUCCUUUGAGUCAAGUGACAGUGCCAAGAUUGGAAUUACUGGGAACUUUGCUGCUUGCUAAAUUGAUGAAGAGUAAUUCUGAAGCACUUAAGAAUGAUUUGAAGUUACUACCGGCUAUUUGCUAUACAGAUUCUCAAGUGGCUUUGUGUUGGAUUGUUGGAGAUAAUAAGGAGUGGAAGCCUUUUGUGGAGAAUAGGGUGAAGGAGAUUAGGAGACUUGUUCCAGUGGAACAGUGGUAUUGUCCGGGGAAGGACAAUCCUGCAGACCUCUCAAAAAGAGGAGUGACUACUACAGAGCUAAUUAGUGAUCCUCUUUGGUUCUAUGGACAUAGCCAGCUGAAGGAUAUAGACUCACUGGAGUAUUUUAGCCGGGUACUCAGUGGUGGCAAUGAGUAUGAGAGUGAGACUGUGAGUUAUUUGUUCACGUGUCACGUGGCAAAUUUAUGA